AAAGUAGAAGCAAAGCUUGCAAGCAGAAGUGGUUGGAUUGGUUUUGGACCCUGAGGAAACCAAAACUCCCUCUACAGGGUCCAAGCAAGAGUUUAGUCCUCCAGGACCUUGUGCCCUGAUCGGAAGCCUCAGCUUUUGCUAACCAGGUGUGACUAUGUCUGUGACCCUCCAAGAUGUCCUCUGCAGUCUUCAGGAGGAGCAAUCCAGGCUCAAGAUGAAGCUGCAGGAGCUGCAGCAACAGAAAAGGGAGCUGAGCUCUCCCAAAGAGAAGAUCCCAUUCCCGGUGCCCGAAGUCCCCCUGGCAUUCCAAGGCCGCACUCAGCAGGGCAGGCAAGUACCCAAGUUUCUGGUUUCUAACUUGGAGAUCUGCUGCCCUCUGCCUGGAGGCUCUGCUCUGGUCACCUUUGAUGACCCCAAAGUGGCUGAUCAGUUGCUACAACAAAAGGAACAUAAAAUUGACUUAGAGGAAUGCUGGCUUCGGGUGCAGAUCCAGCCCUUGGAGCUGCCUGUGGUGACCAACAUCCAGGUGUCCAGCCAGCCAGAUAGUCACAGGGUGCUAGUCAGUGGCUUCCCUUCUGGACUUCAGCUGAGUGAGGAGGAGCUGCUAGACAAGCUGGAGAUCUUCUUUGGCAAGGCCAAGAAUGGAGGCGGGGAUGUGGAGGCCCGGGAGAUGCUGCAAGGGACGGUCAUGCUAGGUUUUGCUGAUGAAAAGGUGGCUCAGAACCUAUGCCAGAUUGGCCAGUUCAGAGUGCCACUGGGCCGGCAGCAUGUCCCUCUGAGAGUCUCUCCCUAUGUGAGUGGGGAGAUCCAGGAGGCCAAGAUCAAAUUCCAGCAAGCGCUUCACUCAGUGCUGGUGACGAAUAUUCCUGACAUCCUGGAUGCCCCAGAAUUGCAUGACAUCCUGUCGAUCCACUUCCAGAAACCCACCCGAGGAGGCGGGGAGGUGGAGGCCCUGACAGUUGUACCCUCGGGGCAGCAGGGCCUGGCUGUCUUCACUUCUUCAUCAAGCUAGGCUGGCAUGUCCACCUUCUGGGGACUGGGAUCACAUACUACCCAAUGCUACCGAGAACAGUGAAAGCUGCCUUCCUUAUUUCAGGGUAGGAGCUCUGCAGGGGAAGGGAGCCAGCAGGCGAGGGCAGAACCCAGACUUGACAACAGUGGUCUUUCAUUGACUCAUUCUUUCCACUUGGUUUUUCCUCAAGAGACAGUGUUUCUCUGUGUGUAGCCCAGGCCGGCCAUCCUGCAACUCGCAUUGUAGACCAGGCUGGUCUUGAACUCACAGAGAUUCACCUGUCUCUGCCUCUCUAGGGCUGGGAUUAAAGGAGUGGGCCACCUGGCACUCCCACUACUCUUAAAAGCAACAUCUGGUCAGAA